GCCGGGCGAGCGGCGGCGCGGGUGGCGGACAGCGCCGACUGCACCCGGGGCCGGAGCCCCUGCCCUUGCAGGUUGAUUGACUUCUGUGCAGUUUGGGACGCUGGAGUUUUCCUUGCCUCUGCAGCCGGGCAGGGAGCCCCCUCUGGCGUUACAGGAAGGAGGCUGAAUGAGGCAGAGACGCUGAACUCCGUCCGGGAGGAUCAGUUCCAGCGACUGGAGGCAGUGAGACCUCGCGGGCCGGGGCACGGGGCGCGAGGCCUGGUGCUCAGGAUGGCCGGGCCACCGCCGCCCUGGGCCUGCACAGCCGUCCUCCUCUGCGCGCUCAGCCUCAGCGGGGCCAUCGAGAUUCCCAUGGACCCAAGCAUUCAGAAUGAGCUGUCCCAGCCCCCGACCAUCACCAAGCAGUCAGUGAAGGACCACAUUGUGGAUCCCCGUGACAACAUCUUGAUUGAGUGUGAAGCCAAGGGGAACCCUGCCCCCAGCUUCCACUGGACGCGCAACAGCAAGUUCUUCAACAUCGCCAAGGACCCCCGGGUGUCGAUGAGGAGGCGGUCUGGGACCCUGGUGAUCGACUUCCGCAGUGGCGGGCGGCCCGAGGAGUAUGAGGGGGAAUACCAAUGCUUUGCCCGCAACAAAUUCGGCACGGCCCUGUCCAAUCGGAUUCGCCUGCAGGUGUCCAAAUCCCCCCUGUGGCCCAAGGAAAACCUAGACCCCGUCGUGGUUCAAGAAGGUGCCCCCUUGACACUCCAGUGCAACCCCCCACCUGGGCUUCCGUCCCCAGUCAUCUUCUGGAUGAGCAGCUCCAUGGAGCCCAUCACCCAAGACAAACGUGUCUCCCAGGGCCAUAAUGGAGACCUGUAUUUCUCUAAUGUGAUGCUGCAGGACAUGCAGACAGACUACAGCUGCAAUGCCCGCUUCCACUUCACCCACACCAUCCAGCAGAAGAACCCAUUCAACCUCAAAGUCCUGACCACCCGAGGAGUUGCAGAGAGAACACCCAGCUUCAUGUAUCCCCAGGGCACUGCAAGCAGUCAGAUGGUGCUUCGUGGCAUGGACCUCCUGCUGGAGUGCAUCGCCUCUGGGGUCCCAACACCAGACAUUGCAUGGUACAAGAAAGGUGGGGACCUGCCAUCCGACAAGGCCAAGUUUGAGAACUUCAACAAGGCCCUGCGCAUCACCAAUGUGUCCGAGGAAGACUCUGGGGAGUAUUUCUGCCUGGCCUCCAACAAGAUGGGCAGUAUCCGGCACACGAUCUCGGUGAGAGUGAAGGCUGCUCCCUACUGGCUGGAUGAACCCAAGAACCUCAUCCUGGCUCCUGGUGAGGAUGGGAGACUGGUGUGUCGAGCCAAUGGGAACCCCAAGCCCACGGUCCAGUGGAUGGUGAAUGGGGAACCUUUGCAAUCGGCACCGCCCAACCCCAACCGUGAGGUGGCCGGGGACACCAUCAUCUUCCGUGACACGCAGAUCAGCAGCCGGGCCGUGUACCAGUGCAACACCUCCAAUGAGCACGGCUACCUGCUGGCCAACGCUUUCGUCAGCGUGCUGGACGUGCCGCCUCGGAUGCUGUCACCCCGGAACCAGCUCAUCAGGGUGAUCCUGUACAACCGGACCCGGCUGGACUGCCCGUUCUUUGGGUCUCCCAUCCCCACGCUCCGAUGGUUUAAGAAUGGACAAGGAAGCAACCUGGAUGGUGGCAACUACCACGUCUACGAGAACGGCAGUCUGGAAAUCAAGAUGAUCCGAAAAGAGGACCAGGGCAUCUACACCUGUGUUGCCACCAACAUCCUGGGCAAAGCGGAGAACCAGGUCCGCCUCGAGGUCAAAGACCCCACGAGGAUCUACCGGAUGCCCGAGGACCAGGUGGCCAAGAGGGGCACCACGGUGCAGCUAGAGUGCCGUGUGAAGCACGACCCCUCCCUGAAGCUCUCGGUCUCCUGGCUGAAGGAUGAUGAGCCGCUCUACAUCAGCAACAGGAUGAAGAAGGAGGAGGACUCCCUGACCAUCUUCGGCGUGGCCGAGCGGGACCAGGGCAGCUACACGUGCGUCGCCAGCACUGAGCUGGACCAGGACCUGGCCAAAGCCCACCUGACCGUGCUAGCUGAUCAGGCUACUCCAACUAACCGUUUGGCUGCCCUUCCCAAAGGACGGCCGGACCGACCCCGGGACCUGGAGCUCACUGACCUGGCCGAGAGAAGCGUGAGGCUGACCUGGAUCCCAGGGGACGACAACAACAGCCCCAUCACAGACUACGUUGUCCAGUUUGAAGAAGACCAGUUCCAGCCAGGGGUCUGGCAUGACCAUUCCAAGUUCCCGGGCAGUGUCAACUCAGCUGUGCUCCGGCUGUCACCCUACGUCAAUUACCAGUUCCGGGUCAUCGCCAUCAACGAGGUGGGCAGCAGCCACCCCAGCCUCCCGUCUGAGCGCUACCGAACCAGCGGAGCACCCCCCGAGUCCAACCCGUCCGACGUGAAGGGAGAGGGGAGCAGGAAGAACAACAUGGAGAUCACGUGGACGCCCAUGAACGCCACCUCCGCCUUCGGCCCCAACCUGCGCUACAUCGUCAAGUGGCGGCGGAGAGAGACCCGCGAGGCCUGGAACAACGUCACGGUGUGGGGCUCCCGCUAUGUGGUGGGGCAGACCCCCGUCUACGUGCCCUACGAGAUCCGAGUCCAGGCUGAAAACGACUUUGGGAAGGGCCCUGAGCCAGACACCGUCAUCGGUUACUCUGGAGAAGAUUAUCCCAGGGCUGCACCCACCGAUGUUAAAAUCCGAGUCCUGAACAGCACCGCCAUCAGCCUGCAGUGGAACCGCGUCUACUCCGACACGGUCCAGGGCCAGCUCAGAGAAUAUCGAGCCUACUACUGGAGGGAGAGCAGCUUGCUGAAGAACUUGUGGGUGUCUCAGAAGAGGCAGCAAGCUGGCUUCCCUGGCGACCGCUUGCGUGGCGUGGUGUCCCGCCUCUUCCCCUACAGUAACUACAAGCUGGAGAUGGUUGUGGUCAAUGGGCGAGGCGACGGGCCUCGCAGUGAAACCAAGGAGUUCACCACCCCGGAAGGAGUACCCAGUGCCCCCAGGCGUUUCCGAGUCCGGCAGCCCAACCUGGAGACAAUCAACCUGGAAUGGGAUCAUCCAGAACACCCCAAUGGGAUCCUGAUUGGAUAUACUCUCAAAUACGUGGCCUUUAAUGGAACCAAAGUAGGAAAGCAGAUAGUGGAAAACUUCUCUCCCAAUCAGACCAAGUUCACGGUGCAAAGAGCAGACCCCGUGUCGCGCUACCGCUUUUCCCUCAGUGCCAGGACGCAGGUGGGCUCAGGGGAAGCAGUCACGGAGGAGUCACCAGCGCCUCCGAAUGAAGCCACUCCAACCGCAGCGCCUCCCACGUCGCCCCCGACCACGGUGGGCGUGCCCCGCACGGUGAGCAGCACCGAUGCCCCUGCCACCGCCGCCACCACCGAGGCCACAACAGUCCCCACCGUCCCACCUGUGGCACCUGCCACCGCCGCCGCCACCGAGGCCACAGCCACUGCAGCCUCCACCACCACCACGGAGAGUCCCGCCGCCACCAGGACUGAGAUCCGAGAAUCGGCCCCCGACGAGCAGUCCAUCUGGAACGUCACUGUGCUCUCCAACAGUAAAUGGGCCAACAUCACCUGGAAGCACAAUUUCGGGCCCGGAACUGACUUUGUGGUUGAGUACAUCGACAGCAACCAUACGAAAAAAACUGUCCCUGUUAAGGCCCAGGCCCAGCCCCUACAGCUGACAGACCUCUAUCCCGGGAUGACAUACACGUUGCGCAUUUAUUCCCGGGACAACGAGGGCAUCAGCAGUGCCGUCAUCACCUUUAUGACCAGUGCAGCCUACACCAACAACCAGGCGGAUAUCGCCACCCAGGGCUGGUUCAUCGGGCUCAUGUGUGCCGUCGCCCUGCUGGUGCUGAUCCUGCUCAUCGUCUGUUUCAUCAAGAGGAGUCGCGGCGGCAAGUACCCCGUGCGAGAAAAGAAGGAUGUGCCCCUUGGCCCUGAAGACCCCAAAGAAGAGGAUGGCUCCUUCGAUUACAGUGACGAGGACAACAAGCCCCUGCAGGGCAGCCAGACGUCCCUGGAUGGCACCAUCAAGCAGCAGGAGAGUGACGACAGCCUGGUGGACUACGGCGAGGGCGGGGAGGGCCAGUUCAACGAGGACGGCUCCUUCAUCGGCCAGUACACAGUCAAGAAGGACAAGGAGGAGACGGAGGGCAACGAGAGCUCAGAGGCCACGUCGCCGGUCAACGCCAUCUAUUCUCUGGCCUAACGGAGCCUUGCAGGCACAGCCGCUACUCUGCAAGCAGGAGGAGGGGAAAGGGGGAGAUGAGCCGCCGCAGACCUGCCCCAGAGCUGCCACCACCUUCAGGGACGGGGGGACAGCACGGGAGGCUGCCGAGCCGUGAGGACCGGCGACCGCCCAGCUGACCACAAGCCCCCUCCCGAUGACCCCCCGGUGCCACCUGUGGGCAAGCUGCUGCCUCGGCUCAGCUCCGCUGGAGGGAGCCCCGGUCUCUCGCUCAGCCUCACGGUCACCCCAGGCCUCCGCCACACUGCCCGCCCCCGACCUCCACACACACACUCACCAGUUUUCU